AUGUGGCUGGUUCACUCUGUGUACACAAUCAUCACCAGAGCGCUUUUCAUCCUGGUGGCUCUCUUCGGGGUCUGGAGGGUGACAUGGGUGAAGAAAGACCCCAAAUACUGGUUCCUGUCUUUCCUCUUCCUGCCUCUUGUUGUUGAAAUGAUGAUAAUUCUGAAGAAUCGAAAGGGAAAGGGUUGCAAAUGGUUUUCUCCUCCUAUCCUCCUGUUCCUCAUCAGUAUCAUCCCCUCCAUCUGGAUUCUGGAGCUCCACCACCAGAAGGAGAAAGCCAAUGAACCAAAGUGCAGAAGACUUGACUUAUGGGAGAGUGCGCAUGCACUGGCGGCUUUGAAUAAGUCCAUGGGGAACCUGACAUACGAGAGUUACCUGGAGCAGGUUUUGUCAUCAGUCUGUUCCAAAGACUGGAUCCUGGCUCUUCAUCAGAUCCUCCUCAUCCUCCUCAUCGUGGGAAAGUGGCUCCUCCCGCUGCGAGGCGGCAUCACCAAGGACGAGCUCUCCCAACUGCUUCUGAUUUUUGUGGGUACGGCAGCGGACAUCCUCGAGUUUACCAGUGAGACGCUGUCAGACGUCAAAGUAUACACCCCUGAGCUGGUCUACACCAUCUUAGCAGUGUGGACCUGGAGCAUGCUGCAGUUUCCUCUACAUCUGUCCGUGAUAAACUCCAAGCCGGACAGUGAGAAGGAGGACGAGGACAGUCCGGAGGUCUCUCUGUGGUCCAAACACAGUACGGACAUAUGGAGCGUCAUGGAGGCCUUGUUCAUCCAGAACGGACCUUUUCUAGUCGUCAGGCUCACCGUCAUGAUCUACUUCAAACUCUUUGGCCAGAUGAUAAUUUUCUUUGCCAUCAAGAACUUCCUGGUGGUCAUACUGAGCUUUUACAGACUGAUUAUUAUUUGCGACAACUUCAGACAGUCCCGCCGCGUCGCCGGGAGAGACAGCCAAGUUCCCUGA